GUAGUGACCCGGAAGUCUAAGCCUCCCUGCGGCUUGCUGUGUAUAUUGGUACUUUUUAAAACAAUUAGAUGUUCUCCCACUUUUCGCUUUCUGAGCCGAUACAGAGUAAACCCUGUGCUUCUUCAUUUUACACACAGUACGAAGUGUGGGUUGGUCCUUGUCCUUCGGAAGAGCCUUCCGGAAAUGAAACCCCGAGUAAUAGGAAGUGAUUAGCGUGAGCGAGUAGCUUAGGUGUCAGGAAGGCUUGGCCGGGCUGGCUUCCGACUGCCAGGGGAGUUUACAAGUUAGCUGGCUGCUGAGCGAGUGGAGAGCCUGAGGGGUGAGCACUGAGAUAAGGAUAUCGGAGGUCUUCGGUGGAAGUCUUAGAUUACAUUUUCACUAGUUAUGGAAAAAAUGACUGCCCUUAAAAGUUUUGAAAACAAAGGCGUCCUUACUUCGACCCCAAUCCGAGGAGCAGGAGAUGGAAUGGAAACAGAGGAGCCCCCUAAGUCUGUUGAAGUCACCCAUGGAGUCCAACCCAUAAAUCAACAUGUCCUUCCAAGUCCACGGAAGAAAGGCCCCUCAGAGAGCCCAGGCGUUCUUCAGCUGGGGAAGAUCCUUAAUGAAAGAACAGUGGAAGUGGAAGCUGUCCGAAUAUUUGUUCCAAAAGCUGCUAUCACUCACGACAUCCCCACCAAGAACACAAAGGUUAAGUCCCUAGGACCUCACCGAGAAGAACUUCACAAUCAGGCAGAGGUGGUCACAGACCCGCGGAAGGAACUCUCAGAGCUAAAGAAGGUUUUGGAAAAGCUCAAGAAUUCUGAAAGGAGGCUACUUCAGGACAAAGAAGGCCUUUCAAAUCAGCUCCGAGUACAGACAGAGAUAAAUCGGGAGUUAAAAAAGUUACUUGUGGCUUCUGUUGGGGAUGACCCGCAGUAUCACUUUGAACGUCUAGCCCGGGAGAAGAACCAGCUCAUCUUAGAAAACGAAGCACUAGGUCGGAACACAGCCCAACUUUCUGAACAGCUGGAACGGAUGUCAAUACAGUGCGAUGUUUGGAGAAGUAAAUUCCUUGCAAGCAGGGUAAUGGCAGAUGAAUUAACAAACUUCAGAGUAGUGUUGCAGCGUCAGAACCGAGAUGCCCAGAGCGCUAUUCAGGAUCUCCUGAGUGAACGGGAACAGUUUCGUCAGGAAAUGAUCUCUACCCAGAAAGUUUUGGAAGAACUCUUGGUGUCCUUACAGUGGGGGAGAGAGCAGACAUACUCCCCUAGCACACAGCCCCUCAGCACAGCAGACCUAGCACUCACUAACCACGGGCUGGCAGAAGCAAUCCAUGCUCAUCUGUUGGGGAAUGUUGGCAUUAGCCAUCAAAAGAAGAUUCCAGCAACAGUAGAAAUCUGCAGUACCCCAGCUGAGAAAAUGGCUGAAAAGGUUCUGCGGAUUUUGGAUCCAGUCGCCUGUACAGAAAGCUCUCCCGACAACCCUUUUUCUGAACCUUCACCAACCACAUUACUCACUACAAAGAAAAAUAUUGGACGUUUCCAUCCCUAUACCAGAUAUGAAAAUAUAACUUUCAAUUGCUGCAAUCAGUGCCAGGGAGAACUCAUUGCUCUUUAGCGUGUAGUCUAUUGGAGGUGUGCUCAGGACCCCACAGGCAUUAUUUGGGAGCCCGGAUUAUUAAGAUGCUAGAAAUAAAGUCAGUUCAUCUUUAUAUAAUACAUACCCAUGAAGCUAUUUCAUGUACUGGAUUCCAGAUUAUUUUUCUUAACAAAUAUCUCAGGGUAAGAAAGUAAAGCUUUAUAAAUAUAUUUAAAAGUUCAAAAUCCUUUCCAGUACUUAGUAUUUAUGCUAAAAAUCUAAAAAAGAUUGUGUAACUUUCUUUUAGGCCCUAUGUUAUCAUUCUGUUAUAAUUUUUAUAUAAACUGUAAACAGGUUUCAUUUUGGUGCAUAAAACAAAACCAGGCAAACUACAACCAUGUGUUGUAAAGGGAUGUGGCCAUAUCUGCCCCUGACCACUGUCUAGGCUGCUCUACCGGUCAGCAGCAGAGUCAGUGUGUGGCCAGCAAAGUCCGUCCCUUUAUAGAGCAAGUCUUCUAGUGUAGCUGGGUCCAGGAAAAAGGGAUUUGCAGUCCCUUUAUGGUCACAUUGUGGGGAUACAAGAGGCCUUCAGAAACACUGGGGUAAAGGGUUGAUCUUUCUAAACAAACAUGUUAAGAAAAUAAAAGGUAUUUUAGAGCUACAACAAAUGCUUCAAUGAGUGUUCCAUACCACCUGGUUUUGGCAGAGUGUUCUUUGCACGGUUGCAGUUUGACAGAGAAAGCUGAGUCCUAAUUACCAACUCAUGUUGACAUGUUCAGAACAGCAGGUGAACCUAGUUUGCUGAUAGAAUGAUGGAAGAAUGAUCUCUAGGGAAAAAAAAUGUACUCCAUCAAUUUGCAUAUACUAUUAAAUAUAUUGUAUAAUCUACCA